AUGGCCUGGAAGGAUGAAGUGGGAGACACAACCCAAGAUCCUGUAAUCAAGGAUGGUUCUGCGACCAGGGUCAGAUCUCCUGAUCCUUACUUGCUCUAUGCUUUUCUGACCAUUGCCCUGACCUUUAUGAAGAGACCUGGCAAGGCUGUGAACUCGCGCGAGUCUUGUAAUUUAGAAAGUGCUGCUCUAGCAGACGCGAAUAGCAAGCAGCUAAAAAGGGCUUUCAACCUCUCUGUGCCUCGACCUCUUACUUUUUCCAACUGGUACCGAUCCGACAUCAGUCAGAAGGGGAUGGUGUCAGAAAGCGAUGAGCUAUUUUGUACAGAAAGCUCAGCCGGGAUUCAGGUGCAGGAGCCCCCCCGCUUUGCGGAAAAGGCGAGCAAACGCUGGCUGGAGCCACACCCAAAGCUCUGGGCGAAGGGGCGAAUUGCGCUCGCGACCCUAAAUCCAUUUUCUACUCUUCCUGAAUUUGAACUUUUGUUUUAUUUUCGUGGAAAAUCCCCAAAUCUGUGUGUGUGUUUGUGUUUAGUAAUUAUCUUGCCAAAGAAGCAUAAGAAGAAAAAGGACCGGAAAUCAUUGCCAGAAGAAGAUAUAGCUGAAAUACAGCAUGCUGAAGAAUUUCUUAUCAAACCUGAAUCCAAAAUAGCUCAGUUGGACACAUCUCAGUGGCCCCUGUUGCUCAAGAAUUUUGAUAAGCUAAACGUGAGGACAGCACACUAUACUCCUCUUCCAUGUGGUUCAAACCCUCUGAAGCGGGAGAUUGGUGAUUAUAUCAGGACAGGCUUCAUUAAUCUUGAUAAACCCUCUAACCCCUCUUCUCACGAGGUGGUAGCCUGGAUCCGACGAAUACUUCGGGUAGAAAAGACAGGACACAGUGGUACUCUCGAUCCAAAGGUGACCGGCUGUUUAAUUGUGUGCAUAGAACGAGCCACUCGCUUGGUGAAAUCUCAACAGAGUGCAGGCAAGGAAUAUGUGGGAAUUGUCCGGCUGCACAAUGCUAUUGAAGGGGGAACCCAGCUUUCUAGGGCCUUAGAAACAUUGACAGGUGCCCUGUUUCAACGACCGCCACUUAUUGCUGCAGUCAAGAGGCAGCUCCGAGUGAGGACCAUCUAUGAGAGCAAAAUGAUUGAAUAUGAUCCUGAAAGAAGAUUAGGAAUCUUCUGGGUGAGUUGUGAGGCUGGCACCUACAUUCGGACACUGUGCGUGCACCUCGGUUUGUUAUUGGGAGUUGGCGGUCAGAUGCAGGAACUUCGGAGGGUUCGCUCUGGAGUCAUGAGUGAAAAGGACCACAUGGUGACAAUGCACGACGUGCUCGAUGCACAGUGGCUAUAUGAUAACCACAAGGAUGACAGUUACCUGCGGCGAGUUGUUUACCCUUUGGAAAAGCUGCUGACAUCUCAUAAACGGCUGGUUAUGAAAGACAGUGCAGUGAAUGCGAUCUGCUAUGGGGCCAAGAUCAUGCUUCCGGGUGUUCUCCGGUAUGAGGAUGGCAUUGAGGUCAAUCAGGAGAUCGUGGUCAUCACCACCAAAGGGGAAGCAAUCUGCAUGGCUAUUGCGUUAAUGACCACAGCAGUAAUCUCUACCUGUGACCACGGCAUAGUAGCCAAGAUCAAGAGAGUGAUCAUGGAAAGAGACACUUACCCUCGGAAGUGGGGUUUAGGUCCAAAGGCAAGUCAGAAAAGACUGAUGAUCAAGCAGGGCCUUUUGGACAAGCACGGCAAACCCACGGACAACACGCCCGCAGCCUGGAAGCAAGAGUACAUUGACUACAGUGAUUCUGCAAAGAGAGAGGUGGUCGUUGAAGCAGUCCAAGUCCCACAGGUAGUUGGGGAAGCAGCAAAAGCACUGCAAGGAGUUGCUGAAGCAGUCAAAGCCCCGAAGAGGAAACGAGAGAGUGAGAGUGAAAGUGACGAAUCCCCUCUAGUGACUUCCCAGGUCAUCAAGAAAGAAAAGAAGAAGAAAAAGGACAAGAAGGCCAAAGCAACUCUGGAGAGUGGAGGCGAGCCUGGAAAUGGGGACAGUGACACCACCAAGAAGAAGAAGAAGAAGAAGAAAGCCAAACUGGUGGAAGUGGUUUCUGAAUAGCGAAGCCCAGCCCACUUUAUGCAUCGUGUAUAGCUGGGAGGAGAGAUCAGAGCCCUAUCAAGAAAACAGUUCCAUUUGGUGGCUGGUGAAGGAGUGGAAUGGGUGGAGGGUUCUAGCACAUUUCAUCUGCUUUUAGAGGCCUUGGUGAUAUGGCCUGCUGCGCUCAUUCCAUCUUGUCCUGUUUUAAGGAUAUGAGUGGGGAAAGAGGCAGAUUGUGUGCCACUGACUUCUUUGCUUGUUUUGGGAAACCUCACCUUCAGACCCAGUACUGCCCGGUAACCAUUUUCCAAGGGCCUCUUUAACAACAUCGCAAUCCUCUCUGUUUUUCUUUAACUCCUCUGCCUAACAGUUCAUUGUUCAGCAAAAUGCUGUAGAACCCUCCAUAAGUGGAAGACUUUAACUGAACCACAUGUUUGCUGGGGAAACCCUCACUUCUGAGGUCCCAUCUCUGAGGGCCGUGGGGGCUUCUUUGCACGUCACGGCUUGUGUGUACAGCAGCAUUUACUGAAAUCCCCCGGUCUGUGUUUUAACUCUCGUUGACUUUUAAGGAAAGAAAUUGCUCAUUGCUGAGAGAAAAAGGAAUGUUCUAAUUUUUACUUAUUAAAGUUAACUUGUUAAGUUUUUUAA